UUUUUUUUUUUGGCUUUGUUUUGUUUUUUAUUUUUUUUUUUUUGUGUCUGGCCAUCAAAUUAAAGAUCUUUAGUAUUUUAUGUAUACACAUACAGAUAUGGGAUGCUAUAUAAUAUCUUUUGAUUUUGAUCCAUGAAUCAGACCAGCCCAUUUGUUCCCUUGUUACUAGCUUGCCACUGCUUACAAAUAAUGGAUUUAGAAAUAGUGGUUGUUUCAAACUUGUAGUGGUUUCUUUCACAAUUAAUGCUAAACUACAUGAAAGAAUAAUAUAUAUAUUUUUUCUUCCGGUUAUUAAUUCACUAUGUGUGAUUUAUAGAAAAAAUUGUAAAUUGAAAAUUGAAUUAUAGGAGAGAGUCAAUUGGACACUUGAAGCGGGUGUUUUUUUUUUUUUUUGGGGGUUUGGUUUGGUGAACAAUGAGCUCUGAAGGUUCAAAUGUUCAUAACUGCCUUGGAUGGGCUGCAAGGGAUGCAUCUGGCACUUUAUCACCUUAUCAAUUCAGCCGCAGGGCUGUUGGCUGUGAUGACAUUUCAAUAAAAAUUACACAUUGUGGAGUUUGCUAUGCUGAUUUCGUUUGGACCAGGAAUCAUCUUGGAGACUCCAAGUAUCCUGUCGUACCUGGGCAUUGUCCAAGAGGUUGGUCAGAAUGUUCAAGGUUUCAAAGUUGGUGACCAUAUUGGAGUAGGAACUAUAGUGAACUCAUGCAGAUCUUGUGAUUAUUGUAAUGAUGAUUUAGAAUCCUAUUGUGCAAAGGGAUCCGUUUUCACUUUUAAUGGCAUUGAUGUGGACGGCACAGUCACAAAGGGAGGAUACUCCAGUUUCAUUGUUGUCCAUCAAAGGUACUGCAUCAAGAUACCUGUCAACUAUCCAUUAACUUCAGCAGCACCAUUGCUUUGUGCUGGAAUCACUGUUUAUUCUCCAAUGAUGCGCCAUAAAAUGAACCAAUCUGGUAAAUCUCUAGGGGUGAUUGGGCUUGGAGGUCUUGGCCAUAUGGCAGUGAAGUUUGGGAAGGCAUUUGGGUUGAAAGUAACAGUUUUCAGCACUAGCAUAUCUAAGAAAGAGCAAGCCCUGAAAUUGCUUGGUGCAGAUAAAUUCGUGGUCUCAUCUGACCAAGAGCAGAUGAAGGGCCUGGCCAAGUCAUAUGACUUCAUAAUUGAUACAGCAUCUGGUGAUCACCCAUUUGAUCCAUACAUGGCAUUGUUGAAGACUGGUGGUGUUCUGGCACUGGUGGGGUUCCCCAGCGAAGUCAAAUUUAGCCCUGCAAGCCUUAAUAUAGAUAUGAGAACGAUUUCGGGCAGUGUAACAGGUGGGAUGAAACAAUUACAGGAAAUGAUAGACUUCUGUGCUGCUCAUGAAGUUCAUCCAACCAUUGAUAUAAUUCCAAUUCAGUAUGUAAAUGAAGCUCUUGAGAGGCUCGCUAAAAGGGAUGUCAAAUACCGGUUUGUGAUCGAUAUUGAAAACUCCCUGAAAUGAAACACUUUCAUGGGAAAGUGUAACUUGAUUUUCUUAGCUCAUGUAUUAAUAGGCUUGUAUGGAUUUGAUGGUUCUGUACAUAUUGGAAACUCCGAGACUGUAGUGUUGUUGUUAGCUUUUGUGGCCCAUGUACUUGUGUGAUUAAAUAUAUUACAUAAUGUUUUUAAUGUAAUUAAAUAAAUAUUUGUCUCGCUUCUCUGUUA